AUGCGCGUGGCAGUGGAGGACUCCGCCGUGCUGGUGCAUUACACCAUACGCAAGUUCUACAUCCAACACAUCAGAAGCAUCGAAUGGCUCGUUCUGUGCAACGCUUGCCACUCCAACACUUUAUAUUCAUCUCGUAGCAAUCCAGCGAUGCCGGCAAGAUGCCACGUGUGGUCACGCCGCUCCAUUUCGCCAGCUGGCCCUUCUCUCCCAUCGGCAUGCUCAAGUUCCCCAAGAAAGUCAAAGGCGCCCAAUCCGCCCUUUGCGUCCAUUGUGGUCCACUGCAGCGCCAGCGUUGGUCAGACAGGCAGGUUCAUCGUGAUUGUUGGGAUGAUGGACAAGAUGCACGCCGGGCAGGAAGUGGACGUGUUUGGCUUCGUUUGGAAAUCCGAGAGCAGUGUCUGCAGCUCUUCCAGACGGACAUGCAUUAUUUGUUCAUCUACCAGGCGCCAAAAUGCGCCUGGUUUAUUUAGUGGAGAUGACAGUGCUGUUGCACAGUCUGCGCUGGUGCGGAUGGAUGGCUUGUGGAGCUGAGGAUGAGGCGAGAGGAGCGUCAGUGCUGACCGUCGAUGCAUAUUUGGAAUUGAGAGCUGCAUCUUGGAAUUGAAACGAAUUUACGGUACAGAAGUGAACCAGUCUUUUUUUCGUCAAUGGAUGGUACAGCUUCUUGUUUACUUUCAAACUUGGCUUGUUGCAGAUGUGUGCACAUAUUGAGCAUAACUUCUCUGAUCCACUGAUGAGAUGACACGAUGGCUCUUUCAUCUAGAACUGCUUGAAACAACGGAUAUGCAGGAGAACUGUCUCCAAUUGCAUGACUGUCCGUGUUUUAUGUGAUGUAUAUUUUGUUGAUUAAUGUUAGAUGUUUAUCCUGAUGUAAAGAAACCCGCCUUGGGGCUACAGGUGAAAACCAGCAUUUAGAAGUAUGCCGCAUUUCCGCUGUUUAUUCUUGUUGAUGAAUGUGCACUGUUCCAAUAAAAUAA